GAGAAAGGAGAAAGACAUAAAGAGGGAAACGAAAAAAUGGGAGCUUUUUGUUUGUUUUUUCCCAAUUUUCGCUUUUUUUGUUCUGUGACUUCCCUACUGUUGAUGGAGAGAACCACCAAAAUUACACUUCUGUUUCUGCUUUUGCCCCUGAAUUCUUAUUGCAGACGACCAAAAAGAAUUAAAUUAUAAAAAAUGUUUCAAGCGCUAGCAAGCAAAAGACUGUUACGAAGUACCAUAAAACUCUCUUAUGUAAAAUACAGUCAACCACAACAUCGUUUAUCUAUUCGUACUUAUAUACGACCUCACUAUUACACUGACGUACAAAAUACGACCUUGUCGAAAGCUUUACAGAAACAACGAGAUCCCAUACAACGAUUCAAUCGACAAGUCAAUAAUUUGGAUCCCAAUAAAGUACUCUGGACAGUUAUCGGGACUAAUGUUGGCGUAUUUUUGAUGUGGCAAUAUGCAUACAGCACAUACCGAACGUUUGGGGAUGGCCAUUGGCUCCAAUUCAUGACCAAACACUUUGCAGUUUCUCCUGAAGCAACUUCUAACGGACGCUAUCAUACAUUGUUGGCCUCAUGUUUUUCGCACCAACAAUUGGACCAUUUAGCAAUAAACAUGCUUGUAUUGCACAGUAUGGGCCAAGGAGUCCUUCAAGCGAUUGGUGUUUCAAGAUUUUUAUUACUUUAUGCUAGUGCAGGAAUUGUAUCCAAUUUAAUUGGUAAUGGCUACAAAAAAUACGUACGACCUUGGCUUGAAAGAAACCAGUUUGUAUAUAGCAGAAGAAAAGAGCUAAUUAGAUCAGUUGGUGCCUCAGGAUCCAUCAUGGGCUUGAUUACAUUUUUCGCUUGUGCUUGUAUGUCUGCACCCUUGCAAUUGAUCGAUGUAUAUAAAGCUACAGAACUCUAACUUUAACACAUGCUAUUCUAUAGUUCCAACAUCUAAGUUUUUGAUG